GUUCGUAGCUCCGCACUGUUUCUCCACUUCCGCCCUGACGGUACAAUAAACAUGCGUGUUGCUAUAAUCGGCGCUGGAGUCAUUGGACUGUCCACUGCUCAGAGUAUAUAUGAGCAGUACCACUCUAUUGUUAGUCCACUGACCAUUGAGGUGUAUGCAGACCGCUUCACCCCACUGACCACCAGUGAUGGCGCGGCAGGCUUUUGGCAGCCAUACCUCGAUGACAAGGGCAAUCUAAAGGAAAGGGAAUGGAAUAAACAGACCUUUGACUACUUGCUCAGUUGCCUCAGUUCACCGGAGUCUGUAAAAAUGGGUGUCUUCCUCCAGUCUGGCUACAACCUCUGCAGGGAACAAAAACCUGACCCAUCCUUUAAAGAUAUAGUGCUCGGCUUUAGACGUCUCUCAGAGCGUGAGCUGAAGAUGUUUCCUGGCUACAGCUAUGGGUGGUUCCACACUAGUCUCAUGUUGGAGGGUAAAACAUACCUACCCUGGUUAAUGGACUGGUUGCAAAAACGAGGUGUGAAAUUUUAUCACAGGAAAAUUGGCUCAUUUACAGAGCUGUCCAAAAAUGGUGCAGAUGUGAUCAUAAACUGCCCUGGUGUAAGAGCCGGAGAGCUCCAGCAUGACCCUGAACUUAAGCCAGCCCGUGGACAAAUAAUUAAGGUGGAUGCCCCAUGGCUGAAGCACUGGAUUUUGACCCACGAUUCAAGUGUAUACACCUCACCGUACAUCAUCCCAGGGAGUAGUCUCGUGACAGUCGGUGGGUUGUUCCAGUUGGACAACUGGAAUGAGCACAAUAGUCCCACUGAUCAUGAAAACAUUUGGGAAAAGGCUUGCCAGCUGGAGCCUAGUCUAAAGCAUGCCAGGAAAAUGUACGACUGGAGCGGCCUCAGACCAGCCCGAAGCACAGUCCGACUGGAGAGAGAGACAAUACAGUGCGGUGCCACUGCAGUAGAGGUGAUUCACAACUAUGGCCACGGAGGUUUUGGACUAACCAUUCACAGAGGCUGUGCCCAGGAAGCUGCCAGGCUUUUGGGUCAGAUCUUGGGACAAAAGAGUUGUGGACUGAAAGCUCACCUGUGAAUUUGUGUUGGUGAUUCGGUUGGAAUUUUCUUUCCAGUGCCUAAUGAGGCAUACACUAAUAUGAGGUUCCUAACCAUUAAGACCUCAGAACCCAAUUUUUCCAUUAUAAAGGAGCUGAAGGCCCAUUCAAAUAUUAACACUAAAUUAGUAAUCUUACGGGUAUUCAAUAAUUAUAUCUAAAUCAAAUCAAACUUUCAUCAAAAAAAAAAAAAAAAUUAAAUAAAAAUCAAACUUUAUUUGUAUAGCACUUUCCAUAUAUAUAUAAAAAGUAGCACAAAGUAGCUAACCUACUUACAGUUUACAACCUUGUCAAAUGAUACAAAACCAUAUGUUAAUCAUUAAGAUUACAAUUUAUUUAAGGAAUAAACCUUAGGCUUUGGUCAGACUGAUUAGAAAAAUAAGUACUAACCGAAUAUACUGCAUAAAAAGAGACUUAUUAAGUUAAAGUACCACUGAUAGUUUCACACACACACUAGGUGUGGUGAAAUUACCCUCUGCAUUUGACCCAUCCCCUUGUUCCACCCCCUGGGAGGUGAGGGGAGCAGUGAGCAGCAGCGGUGGCCACAGUCGGGAAUCAUUUUGGUAAUUUAACCCCCAAUCCAACCCUUGAUGCUGAGUGCCAAGCAGGGAGGUAAUAGGUCCCAAGUUCCCAACAGACAAAAAAUAAAUUUACAUACCAUUAUGUUGUGCUGAAAUAAGUAUGUUUCUUAACUGUCAAUAAAAAAAAUAAAAAAAUAUUGAUUAAAAUUAUGCAGUGCUAAAAUUAAUAAGUGCAAGCUAAAUUAUAAUAUACAUCCAUCCAUCCAUUUUCUACCGCUUGUGAUAAUAUAAAUGUUUCUUAAAUAAACUGUCAAUAAAAUUAAAGUGAGAAUGAAAGUUUGGUCAUAAUUUUUGCAUUUAAGAAAUGUUUGUAUAACUGGAGCGCCAUACUUUUUCUGUCUGUUUGAUCUUGUCAUUACUGCCACGAGUGGUGACAAAGUGUAUUACAACGGAGUACUGCUGUGGCCCAUAUGGACUACAGCUGAGAAACACAUCUUUUUUGGCGGCCCAACAAUGGGCCUCAGCCCUUUGGUUAAAAGCCCUGGUUUAUGGUGUGAAGUAUAAUAUGAUAUCAGGUUUUUUAAUAUACAUCGACAAAAAGACGGUUAAAAUGUUUGAAAGAAUCUGAAUGAUUUGACUAACAAAACAGCAUUUGUCACUGCUUUUUUGCAAGAAUCUUUUUAUUGCAACAUCCAGUGUAUUGACAAGAAUCGGUGCACGCAGACACCUAAUGCAGCACUAUGUCUCACUGGUAGAAUUCAUUAUGGAAGAACCAGCUAGAUGGGCAUCUGCUAGUUAGUUUGUUUCCAAACACAGAUUGGGCAAAAUACUUUGACCUUCACAUCACCUCAUUACAAAGAAACAAAGAAAAGCCUGACAACUAAA